GUGGAAGUGUGUGAUCUAUUCGCUCUAAAUCAAGACCUCUGGGACCGUCUAAAUGCUCUCACCAAUAAAGUAUCUGAGAUGGCUGAGACACCAGCGGAUGUUCUAGACAAGAAAUAUGAAAGUCGAUUACGCUCAUCCAGGAUCCCAGCUCGGUCUGCUUCUGCUGUUCCAGCAAGUCCAAAUGUUGAAGAGUCAGAUUCCACCCGGUCUCGACAGACUUGCUUGUUCCAAGCUUCUGCGCCCGUUCCAGCAGCUGGUUCAAGCACGAUGUCAUCUUCAGGAAAUCCCGAGACGGUUCGACCUGAUUUUGAACCCCCAUCACUCCCCACAAGCUCUGCACUUUCUAAUCGUCGGCUUAAAGAAAAUAGUGCCAGACCAGGACCAUCUGUGCCUUUUGUUCGUGAAACUAAGAAGGAAAUUGAAACUGAGCUCAUGCCUCCUCCGCCUUCAGCCAAAGGCAGAAGAAAAUCAGUGGCUCCCCAGGAAAUGAACAAAAGCAACAAAAGGCUCUCAAAUGUGAAGGCCAUCGACAUAACGACCAAGAAGGGAAAGUUUGCAGAAGCACCUAGACCGUACCAAAAGUUCUACGAGAUGAUCCAAGAUUACAGAGAGACGUUGGAAAUUACUCCAAUAUCAGCAACUGACCUGAUCAACACUCAAAAGAUCUGUGUGUGCGUUCGGAAGCGGCCUCUAAACAGGCAAGAGGUUACUAAGAAGGAGAUAGAUGUGGUGUCCGUACCUGGAAAAGGGACAUUAUUGGUCCAUGAGCCAAAACAAAAGGUGGAUCUUACCAAGUACUUGGACAACCAGGUUUUCCACUUUGACCAUUCCUUUGAUGAAAAUGUYACCAACGAGCUGGUUUACAAGUUCACUGCUCAGCCCUUGGUGCAGUCCAUAUUUGAAGGUGCUAUGGCAACUUGCUUUGCUUAUGGCCAGACAGGAAGUGGUAAAACCCAUACCAUGGGAGGUGAUUUCACAGGGAAGCAGCAGAACAGCGCCAAAGGAAUUUAUGCCUUGGCAGCCCAAGAUGUUUUCACCUAUCUCAAGCACAGGAAAUACUCUUGUCUGGAUUUGUCCGUCUAUGUCAGCUUCUUUGAGAUUUAUAAUGGCAAGGUGUAUGACCUGCUCAACAAGAAGGCCAAGCUGCGGGUUUUGGAGGACGACCGACAACAGGUUCAGGUGGUGGGACUCGAGGAGGUCUGUGUGUCCACAGCAGAAGACGUCAUCAAGAUAAUACAGACUGGCAGUGCAUGCAGAACGUCUGGUCAGACCUCUGCCAACGCCAACUCCUCGCGCUCUCACGCCAUCCUUCAGAUUGUGCUCCGGCGCAACGACCGCGCGGCCACGCUGCACGGCAAGUUUUCGUUGGUCGACCUGGCCGGCAACGAGCGCGGCACGGACGUCAGCAGCAACGACCGCGGCACUUUGGUCGAGACUGCAGAGAUCAACCGGAGCCUGCUGGCCCUCAAGGAGUGUAUCCGUUCUCUGGGAAAGAACAGCGAUCACAUUCCUUUUCGAAUGAGCACUUUAACCAAAGUGCUCAGGGAUUCUUUCAUUGGAGAAAAGUCCAAGACCUGCAUGAUUGCCAUGGUGUCUCCAGGCAUGGCUUCUUGUGAAUAUACCAUGAAUACCCUACGUUACGCAGACAGAGUGAAAGAGUUGAAUGGCAACUCCAAAGCCACUGGGGCAGUCAAGGACAAAGAUGAAUCAAACAGUUCCUCAGAAGAGGAAAGUGUAGAGAGCACCAGUGUGCUUGAUGUCAUAUCUCAGGUGACAGAGUUGGAGGAAAAGGUUUACACAGAACUUAAGAGGGGAAAUGAACUUGCAAAUGAGAUGGAGCACGUCACAUUUAACAUUGAGGAAGGAUUUCCCAGCUUGAUGGCGUAUGCUCGGACGUUGAUGGGCACACUCUCGGAGCUCCAGUCCAAAAUGGAUCAAGAGCGCAAGACAAGGCUCAACCACUGAGGCUGAAAACCCAACACCCAGAAACACUUUUUUUGACUGUUUUGUAAAAAGGAUUUUAUAUUUUUGUUUUAACAUGUUUAAAUAAAGUUCACUCUUUAAUAACAACUUUGUAUACGAGAACUGAAGAACACUAAAGUUUACACUUGUGUGACUGUUUUCUGGAUUUCUUGAAUUCAAUAAAUAUUGGUUUUACUGCAUGUGUCAAUAAAAUUUGAUAAUCAGGU